CAUCAAACAUGUCUGCGCCCAUGCUUUCGUUAUGUUUAACGCUCGAGCUGGUGGAUUUUUGACAAUAUAUGCGAUCAUCGCCUCCGUUGAACGUCGAUGCGUGGCCUCUUGCGACUGACCGCGCCGCUGCCACGUUUCCUCCUGCGUCCGACCCGCGCGACCCCACUCACCCGCUGCGCUUCCAAGUCGAACGCGUCUCGACCAAAGAUGGCGUCCGGUGGUGACGAUGGGGAGGGGAAGCGGCCCCAGUUCGGCGGGCGUCUGCUCACGGAUCCGCGUAACGUGUUCGAACACAACGCGUGGGACAACGUCGUCUGGGACGAGGAGCAGGAGGAGGCGGCAAGACUGCAGGUGGAGCGUAACUCGCGUGUGUCCAUCUCUGAGGAGAAGAUAGAGGAGUAUGAGCGACGCGCCGCACACUACUGGGACGCCUUCUACACCGUACACAGCAACCGAUUCUUCAAGGACCGUCACUGGCUCUUCACCGAGUUCCCCGAGCUCGGCCGCGACGGCGACGACAACGACGACUAUCCCGGUUGCCGAGCGACGCGUCGCAUCCUCGAGGUGGGCUGCGGCGCGGGCAACACCGUCUUCCCGAUCCUGCGCGCGGACGCCGACCCCGCGCUCUUCGUCUACGCAUGCGACUUCUCGGCCGCCGCCGUCUCGCUCGUGCGCGCGCACGCCGACUACGGCGCCGCCACCUGCCAUGCGUUCGUCGUCGACGUCGCCGCCGGCGACGACCCGACGUUCCCGUUCCCGGACGCUUCGCUUGACGUCGUCGCGUGCGUGUUCGUUCUUUCGGCGAUCGACCCGCAGAGGGCGCCGGCCGCGGUGGCGCGCCUCGCUCGCCUGCUGCGCCCUGGCGGCCGCCUGCUCGUGCGCGACUACGGUCGCUACGACAUGGCGCAACUUCGCUUCCCACCAGGGCGGCGCAUCGCCGACAACUUUUACGCGCGCGGCGACGGCACGCGGUGUUAUUUUUUCUCGCCGGACGAUAUGAAGGCGCUACUAGGCGGGGCGGGGCUCGUCGAGGAAAGCUGCCACGUCGACCGCCGCCUGCAGGUCAACAGGGGGCGCCGCCUGAAGAUGUACCGCGUGUGGAUACAGUGCAAGUAUCGGAAGCUGUGAC